AUGGCUAUGGGCAAGUCAUCGUCCAAACAGGUUAUCUUCUAUGAGGACAGGAACUUCAUGGGGCGCUCCUAUGAGUGCACCGGUGAUUGUUCCGAUAUGCACUCUUACAUGAGCCGCUGCCACUCCUGCAGGGUGGAGAGCGGCUGCUGGAUGGUCUACGACCGCACCAACUUCAUGGGAAACCAGUAUUUCAUGAGGAGGGGCGAGUACGCUGACUACAUGAACAUGUGGGGCUGGGGCAACAACUGCAUCAGGUCCUGCCGCAUGAUCCCCAUGCACAGAGGAUCCUACAGAAUGAGGAUCUACGAGAGGGACAACUUCAUGGGUCAGAUGUAUGAGAUGAUGGACGACUGCGAUUCCUUCAUGGAUCGUUACCACUGGUCCAACGGCUGCAUGUCCUGCCAUGUGAUGGACGGCCACUGGCUCAUGUACGAGUAUCCCCACUACAGAGGCAGGAUGUGGUACUUCAGGCCUGGAGAGUACAGGAACUUCAGAGACUAUGGUGGCAUGAGGUUCAUGAGCAUGAGGCGCAUCAUGGAUUCCUGGUAUUAAAAGCAAACCGAGCAAAAGUGACAAGCACAUUUUGAAUAAAAUCCACAAAUUCAGUGAAGUGUAUAAUUUCUGUCUUCUCACAUUUCCACACGAAAAUACAUCUUUCUAAGUGACAAAAUGUUGAAAUGAUUUAAACCACGCAUAGCAGAACAUUCCAUUAAUUAAUUUGGAAAGAAAGAUUUACUCCCUGAAGAGCUUAUGAAAAAAAUAAAGAAGUCAAUCCAAGCAGCUU